GGGCUCCUGGUUGGGAGGAGACAGAGCCAGCGCAGGAUGUGACAGUGGUUGACUUCAGUUUCCUCACCUGCAAGGUGAGGUCAUAGCCCCCACCUCACCUGCACCACGUGACUCCACCUGGGCACUGUGGCUGCAGUUUAGUCCCUUCUCCAAGCUCAGUGCAUUUUGCAUUGAAGUGAUGAUGCUAUUACAUUCCCAUUUUGGAGACGGGAAUGCUCUGACUCAGCCGAUUUGGGAGCCUUGGCACAGGCCACUGGCCAGCAGGGUACCAGCUGCUCCCCCCGCCCCUGGGCCCGGCACUGGCUGUCAGGUGCGCUGGGGGUCUUGAAUGCACGGUGGGGGGGCUGGGGUCAGCCCACUCCCACUCCCAGAACUUACCAGAAGUGGGUGACGGUGUUGGAGGUGCAGAGAAAGAGGAGUUAAGAUUCAGCCCCUUGCCGGAGGGCUCUGGGCCCAGCCGGGUGGUAUAAAUGUGCUGCCUGGAGCCCAGCCAGGGCACAGAGCAAACAAACAAGAGGGCUGGAGGCAGAAACCAAACAAAAACUGCCCACAGAAACUAGCGACUCCACAGUCUAGGAGCUUUCAACUCGGCGCCUGUCAUAAACUGCCGGCAACGAUGAAAUGCAGGCCUGCGGCUGGAAAGUGGCCCCAGGUCCUUUCCAUAAGUCCUGCUUCGAAUGGGGUGCCCCGUGCAGGACGGCUGAGCGUGGCGGGGUCGCCUCUUGUGAGGAUGAGGGGACGUCUGUGCAGGGUCUGGGACGAUGCCAGGCAGGCAGGGCAGCGGCUGAACCCUGGGCAGGGCUGGGCGUGGAGGCCGGUCUGAGAUACUGCGGAGGUGCCUUGGCCUCACUGGCCUGUCCUGCCGCCCAGGAGCCUGGGUACACAUUUGCUUCCACGUGGGGGGAGGAGAGCAAGGGGGGAGGGUCUCAGGAGCAGCCAGGAAGGAGCCUUCCCAGCCAGCAGCAGGAUUCUCAGUCUGACCCCUGGAGGCGGCAGGCACCUGGCGGGCGCCCAGGAAGGGAUGUGAGCAGAGAAAACACGGUGUGUCGCUCUUGUUGGGAACCAGGAAAGCAGUGGCGGACUGCUGUGGAAACACCUGCUACCCCCGCAGAGGAAGCCGCAGAGGAAGGCUCCAGGCUGAGGAGUGAGGAAGGUCCUCCCGCUGUGGACAGGGGCUGCCCCUGACGCCCGCCUGCGGGUGAACCGCGGGUGCCCGGGCGCGGCGAGGGCGCAGACGCAGGGCGGGAGCUGCUUCAGGCGCGGGGGCACGGGACAGACGUCCUGCAGGCGACCCCCGGAGCAACCACCAGGAAGCAAAGCCCACCUGGGCUGGUCUCCACAGAAAGCGGGCUUCAGUUCAAAGCUCUGAGGUUUGGUCCGCCUGUCUCCGGUCGGCUGGUCUUGAGGGACCAGCGCGGUGGCACAGAAAGCCUUGUGGGACAAACACCCCUACAGGCCAGAGCCUGCCCAGAGGCGCUGUGCGCCGGACACCCCAGCGCUGCGGGGGCAGAACCGCAGUCAGGCAGCGGCCACCCCUCCGCCCGCCCCGCUGCUGACAACGCAGUCGCUGGCGUGGACACCCGAGCGCACAGCCAGUGUUGAGGUUACUGCGGCCCAAAGUUCAGCGAGAGUUGGACACGCCCCCCUCCCGGGAGUGUGGGCCGGGUGAGGAGGGGCGGCGUGCUAGCAAAAAAAAAAAAAAAUCGUGGACUCACAGAAGUGAAAUUCGAUCGCGUGCCAGGAAAGCUCCUGCAGCCAGAACCCCCUACUGAGUCAGCACUGACCUUGACAGGACCUUCGGGGCUGCCACACGGGCGGGAGGCGACACAGCCCACCCAUGGAGAACUCAGUGGCCCCCUGCGUCCUCUACCCGGGGGACGACCGCGUCCGCGGGGCCGAGCCCGGGGACGCCUUUGCCCACGGAGCGCGCUCCCAGGCCGGGACUCCAGGAGAGGGCAGCCCGCAGCCGCCAGGCGCGGCCGGGGGGGCGGGCGCUGCGUCCCCGGCGCAGACACCCUGCAGCCUCAGCGCGUCCCUGUGCUUCAGCUCCGGGGACGACUCCCCGCCACAGUCCCGCGCCUCCGCGGUGGAGGACGCCGCGACCUCCCCGCCCCCUUGUCGGCGCGGCCAGCGGGUGGUGGACCGGCAGUGGGAGGCUAGCAGCGCGGGCGCCUCGUCCCCGGAAGAGUCCGCGUCCCCUGAAGAGCGCGCAUUCCCGGAAGAGCUCGCGUCCCCGGAGGAGCGCGCGUGUCCUCAGGAGCCCGCGUCUCCAGGGGAGCCCGCGUCUCCAGGGGAGCCCGAGUGCCUGGAGGACCCCGGGGAGCCCGCGCCAGUGCCGCCGGGGGCCGCGGCCGCCUACGGGGAGCCGGACCUGGUCAUCGAGGUGUCGGGCCGCCGGCUCCGCGCGCACAAGUCGGUGCUGGCGGCGCGCAGCGACUUCUUCCGCGCGCGCGCGUCGCGGGACGUGCUGCGGGUGCAGGGCGUGAGCCUGGCGGCGCUGCGGCUGCUGCUGGCCGACGCAUACAGCGGGCGCAUGGCAGGCGUACGGCCCGACAACGUGGCCGAGGUGGUGGCCGGCGCGCGCCGCCUGCAGCUGCCUGGCGCCGCGCAGCGCGCCACCGACGCCGUGGGCCCGCAGUUGAGCCUGGCCAACUGCUAUGAGGUGCUCUGCGUGGCCAAGCGGCAGCGGCUUUCGGAGCUGCGCGACGCCGCGUACCGCUUCAUGAGCGACCACUACCUGGAGGUGCUGCGCGAGCCCGCCGUGUUCGGGCGCCUGUCGGGGGCUGAGCGCGACCUGCUGCUGCGCCGCCGCCUGGGCGCCGGCCACGCCCACCUGCUGGCCGCGGCGCUCGGGCAGUCCGGGGAGCGCACCGGCAGCCGGCCGCAGAGCCCCUCAGGAGACACGGACGCGCGCGGCGACGCGGCCAUCUACUGCUACCACGCGGAGGCCGGCGAGUGGCGCGAGCUGACGCGGCUGCCUGAGGGCGCGCCGGCGCGGGGCUGCAGCCUGUGCGUGCUCUACAACUACCUCUUCGUGGCGGGCGGCGUGGCUCCCGCGGGUCCUGACGGCCGUGCGCGCCCGUCCGACCAGGUCUUCUGCUACAACCCUGCCACCGACCACUGGAGCACGGUGCGGCCCCUGCGCCAGGCGCGCUCGCAGCUGCAGCUGCUGGCCCUAGAUGGACACCUGUACGCCGUGGGUGGCGAGUGCCUGCUCAGCGUAGAGCGCUAUGACCCGCGCGCAGACCGCUGGGUCCCAGUGGCGCCGCUGCCCCGGGGCGCCUUCGCCGUGGCCCACGAGGCCACCACGUGUAACGGCGAGAUCUACGUGUCCGGGGGCUCGCUCUUCUACCGCCUGCUCAAGUACGACCCCCGGCGCGACGAGUGGCAGGAGUGCCCGUGCAGCAGCAGCCGCGAGCGCUCGGCCGACAUGGUGGCCCUCGACGGCUUCAUCUACCGCUUCGACCUGUGCGGGGCCCGUGGCGACGCCCAGGCGGCGUCCGGGCCUGGUGGAGGCGUCCGCGUCUCGCGCUACCACUGCCUGGCCAAGCAGUGGAGCCAGUGCGCCUCGCUCCUGCGGCCGCCGGGCACCCCCGCGGGCCUGCAGCCCUUCCGCUGCGCUGCCCUGGACGGCACCAUCUACUGUGUGAGCCGCGCGGGCACCUGGCGCUUCGUGCCCGCCCAGGACGCAGAGCCCAGCGGCGACGCGGGCCUGGGCGGCAGCUUCCAGCCCGAGGCCCCCGGGACCCCCGUGGACGCUCGAGCCGCACUCUUUCCGUUCGUGCUCAACCUGCCUGAGAAGCCGGACAGAGGGGAGCAGGGCGCAGUGUAGAUCGGGCGUGGGUAGCUCUGGGGCCCGAGGAGCCGCCCCCGUGGGCUGAGGUUCCGGUGGGAAGGGGAGGGCGGCGGGGGUGGAGGAAGAGAGGAGGGAGACGCGUGGGGUGGGCCACUGGCCAGUGGGUCGCUUAACUGCUGUGGAGGUAGCCCUGAGAACACUGCCGCCAGCCUAUUCUGCAUUCCUUCUUGCUUAUUUUGCUUAAUGGGGUCGGUGGCGUAAGACGGAUAGAGGGUGUGUGUGAGCAGACAGCCUUACAGAUGAGACGGGAUCCCCGAGGGAGACAGGAAAGCAAUCAGAAGACUGGGCCUCAGGGCGCAUGGGCGGGUCCCUGGUGUCCCUAAGUGCGCUCCGGGGCACCCCCCUGUCCCGAGGGUGCACAGCAAGCCUGACUUAGAAAGCCACGCGGGUCCCCGGGGCCACCGCGCCAGUCUUGUGAUCCGAGAAAUAGGCCAGCCCGCACCAUUAGUGAAGCCACCGAGGGGUCACACGUCUUUGUCUUUGGCUUGAGGUUUAAAGUUAGAACUGAUAAUUAAAGCUCUUUCUGAUUUAGUUUAAAAGCUCAUGCUACUAUGUACUUGUUUUGGUUGGCUUAACUCCAAAAGGAGUAAUUUAACAAACAUCAAAUCUUUGAUCAACAGUAAGAGCUCCUGCCCAAUAAACGUUGGAAGUUACUGCUCGUAAGGCACCUCUGACACCGCAAGGUGUCCAAACGCUCCCAAUCCCAAGGGCAGCCCGCCUCACCCUGUGACAUGGAUUUAGUGUUUGCAGGUCAAGGGCUGUUGAUGACCUUGGUCAGUGCUGCAGUGAGGACCUAUCACUUUCAGUCUUUGGUGACCAGAUGUUGCCAAAUAGCACAUCAAACGGGAAAGACUUACGACAAGGUGCUUGUCUGCCUUAAAAGGAAUCUUUGGCAACCCACCGUAUCUACUUGACCACUUCCAGAGUUAGAGCGAGAUGAAAGGAAAUAUUAUUCCUUAAAAAAAAGGUUAAAAUCAUUUAUUUUUGGCAAUUCCAAAAACAGGUGUAGGCACAUUUUGAACCUACUAUUUUUGAUGUCUUAAUUACGUAUUAUGUAACUGUGAUGAGGCAGAUUAACUUUUACAGCCCAGAGAAUGUGGCCCAGUGACAAUGGGCAUGUUAAAAGAAUGUAACAGGGAAAUAACAUGCAUUUUUAUUGCAGUUCGGCAAAUGCACCACAUUUAUGUAAUUGGGAAUUCUAACAUACCCCGGUAGAAUUAACAGGAGAUUCACUGCUUUGAGGGGCGCAAGGAUUAUAAACAAAUCAAUUGAUCUUUCCUCAUUUAAUAAAAUAUUUGACUUUUUAAAUAUGUGCAGACAGGACUUACUGCUUAUCAGGAGUUGAAGGAUGAAAUGCUUGCUUGCAAAGAGAGGCAAACUGGUUUGGAUUCUGAAUCCAAUCCAUUUUCGUAAAACUGGAAAAGUACACAUUGAAAGUUACUGGAAGAUAAUUGGAAGAAAUUAUGAAUACCUUAAUAUUAUUUCCCUGUUAAUCCAGUGAUGGGAAUUUCCAUCGCUGUAGAAACGAGUAGGCCAUUGAAAAAUAGGUUAUGCUUUUUAAAGAGUCUGUGGUUGUGAAAGGUUUCAGUUAAGUGUAUUUAGAAAUGAUCAGCUUGAACCUCAUGCAUGAUCCAGGAGUGGAACUUGUAGUUUCAGUGAAGGUAUAUUCUGGUGGCCUGUGUGCUUGCUCACAAUUACUCGUGAACCUGGUGGAUAUCUUGGCAGCUUGGUGAAUUGUCUUAGGAAAGAAAAUAGACUUUAUUGCCUGACUUCGUUGGUCUUUUAUAGGAGUAUACAGGAGAAAUGGUAGUAGAAAAAGUACUUAUAGCAAAAGGAAACAAAUAAUGUAAUGUUCUUUUAAGAAAUGUACAUCUCAUACUGUAGUACAUUUUUCUCUAGAAUUGUAAUAUUAAUGCUAAAGUUUUUAUAUGAAAUGGGACCAGGCUGAUACUUUCAUCCCAGGCUAGUAUUUUCAUCCCUUCAAUAUCAAAUUCAUAAAAUACUAUCACUGUGAUUUUAUUUGCAAGAUCAUGUCUGUGAAGUUUUCUGUAUGAAAAUACAAUGUUGCAGUUGGGCCUCCCAGAGUAGAAUUGUUCCCAUCACAAGACACGAGAAGUGGUGGAUGUCAGGUGUGGCCAGCCACACAGGAACAUGCCUGAGUUUCUGUGUGUUAUUCUAGCAUCUCAGGUAGUGAAGAAAUGCCUGCACCCCACACGGCAUCCUUUCCGGUGUUACCUGGCAACAAAGUGCCGGGUACUUCCCAUCAUCUUGUCAUAAUGAAAUACACAAAGAAACCUGAAGAAUAAGGAAAAGGAGCUACCACCAACCAUUAGUGGAUGUCUAGCCAGCCCAUUCUGAAAAUAUAUAGCAUAUUAUAUAUCAUAUUUCUAAAUAGUAAUAUCACAUAAGAACAGAUACUAGAGGACCCAACAUGUCCUGAGCACCAGUUUUUGCUUUUAUGGGGCACCUGGGGUGUGGUUUGAUCCAUCCAUCACACAAACAGAAAAGCCGCACCCUGCAAGGUCUCCGUUUUGGGGACUGCUGCGGGCCGCCAGACAUCGCGGAGGAGAAUUGCCCCUGGAAAUCUAAUGCUGCAAAGUAAUAUCUUUCUAUAUUUGAUGUGACGUUCUAAGACUGCAUCCAACACCAUUUAGGAAAAGGGUUACUAGAAAAUAUUCCUGAUUAUCAAUCAGUGAAGAGUCAGAUGAGGUUGAUGCCUUUCCAACAGCCAUCUGUGAUUUUCAUAAAAUUAACCCAUGCACACUGACGUUUCCAGAAAUUGCAAAGAAUGGUGGUAUUUUAUGGGGAAAGUGUGUGUGCAUGAAACCUUGUUGUUCUCAUGAGCUGACAAGCAGUGACUUUUGUGUUGUCAAUCAAGGUUCACUCAGAACCCAAAGGAAUGAGCUUCAGACCUGUGUCAUGCUCAUGGUUUUCUUCUUUGUCUUGGAAACAACACUGAACUCCAGGGCAUGGCAGCUUUAUGGAGCUUGUACUGGGAACUCGGUGGGUGUUUGAUUUCUGCAUCUGCAGUGGCACCUGUUUCUUUUCCUUUGAGAGAAUGAAUGCUGCGCACAUCCUUUGACAACUUAGUUAAAACUCUUAACCUGUGUCAGUUUUGCUGCAAGUACUUAAGCAAGAUGUGAAUCAUCUGUUCCAUUUCUGUUCCUUUCUCGCAUCACUCUCCUAAUUCUGGUGGCAGCUGUGGAAUCCGUUGGCCUCUGAGGUAACUUCCUAUGAAAGGUUUCGAAAUUGUCUGGGUUUGGAGGUUCCUGUCUCCACUCCUAAAGUCAACACAGAUUCAGGACGUAACCUGCCGUAACAUUUUAGGAGGACCAAUGUAAACAAAACUGUUCUUUUGUGUUGCCAUUUUAGAUGCUUUCCUGGGUUAUAAAAAGUUACAUUUUGGGAUUAAAAAAAUCAAUGUUUGCAUUUUCCCUUUUUUCCUCUGCAAUAUUAUAAUUCAUAAGGUAAUGACAUGAGCUAAAAAUGGAAACCUGCAAAUGUUUCAGUUGCAUCCAGACUUCUUUCAGCAGCCACAUCACUCACACUUUUUCUGUGUCCAGGAAGAAGCCAGACCAGGAGGUGUUCAAGCACCGAGCACGGAAGCCAGUCCUGGCAGGUGCUUGAAUCCUGCCGAGUGAAUUGGUUUGAAUUAACCUGACAUGAAAGGCUACAUGUGUUCUGAUGUGAGCCUAGAGCACCUCCAAAGCUUGUUAAAGCUCUCAAUAGCACUCAAAUGUUGCCAUUUAUUAAAGAUCAGCUAUACCUGUUUAAGGCAAAGCUCAGGCCGGCUGUCGCUAUACAUGUGUAGUUAAUGUAUUUAUUAAUGCUUGAGUUCUUAAACCCUUGGCAUAAAUCCUGUAAAGCCUUGUAUGAAUGUCAAUUCACACUGAGAUGAAAUAAAUCACGUGGAAAACGCCAGUCCUCCUGAAA